AUUAUAAAGACCCAAAGGAGUGUUUAGAGAGAAAAGUAGGAAAGAGACUCGUUUUGUUGUUUCAAACACUAAGCUGUGAAGAGUGUUUGGAAAGGGAGAAAACAAGGCAGAAAGAGAGAGAAAAUUUGCACAGAGGGAAGGAGGUGGAAUGGAGGACGGGAUAGGGGGUGCGUCGCUCCCGUCAGGGCCUGAUGCUAAGAAGCGCCGGGUGUGUUACUUCUAUGAGCCCACCAUCGGCGACUACUACUACGGCCAAGGGCACCCGAUGAAACCUCACCGCAUCAGGAUGGCGCAUAACUUGGUUGUUCAUUAUGCGCUUCAUCGCCGGAUGGAGAUCAACCGCCCUUUUCCUGCUGGUCCAGAUGAUAUCCGACGGUUUCACUCGGACGACUAUGUGGACUUCCUGGCCUCAGUCACACCCGAUUCGCUCCAUGACCACGCUCACUCUAGAUACUUGAAGCGCUUCAAUGUCGGCGAGGACUGCCCCGUUUUCGACGGCCUAUUCGGCUUCUGCCAGGCCUCCGCCGGCGGCUCCAUCGGCGCGGCCGUCAAGCUCAACCGCCGUGACGCUGAUAUUGCUCUGAAUUGGGCGGGUGGGUUGCAUCACGCCAAGAAGUCCGAAGCUUCCGGCUUUUGUUAUGUCAACGACAUCGUUCUGGGUAUUCUCGAGCUGCUCAAGGUCCACAGGCGUGUAUUAUAUGUAGAUAUUGACAUCCACCAUGGAGAUGGUGUUGAGGAGGCAUUUUUCACCACUGACAGAGUCAUGACUGUGUCUUUCCACAAAUUUGGGGAUUUCUUUCCAGGGACCGGGCACAUUAGAGACAUAGGGGUGGGGCCUGGGAAGUACUAUGCCCUGAAUGUUCCUUUAAAUGAUGGAAUGGAUGAUGAGAGUUUUCGUGGUCUAUUUCGGCCCAUUAUUCAAAAAGUCAUGGCGGUUUAUCAGCCAGAUGCAGUUGUUCUCCAAUGUGGAGCUGAUUCUUUGUCUGGUGAUAGGUUGGGAUGCUUCAAUUUGUCUGUGAAUGGUCAUGCAGAUUGCCUUCGUUUUCUUAGAUCUUUCAAUGUUCCUCUUAUGGUCUUGGGAGGAGGAGGGUAUACAAUCCGGAAUGUUGCCCGUUGCUGGUGCUAUGAGACGGCAGUAGCAGUUGGGGUGGAACCUGAUAAUAAAUUGCCUUAUAAUGAAUAUUAUGAGUAUUUUGGACCAGAUUAUACUCUACAUAUUGAACCAUGCAACAUGGAGAACCAAAACUCGCCAAAAGAUUUGGAGAAAAUAAGGAACAUGCUACUGGAGCAACUUUCUAGGUUACCACAUGCACCCAGUGUACCAUUUCAAACAACACCACCUAUUACAAAAGUUCCAGAGGAGGAGGAAGAGGAUAUGGAUAAAAGACCUAAACCUCGCAUUUGGAAUGGAGAGGACUGUGAGUCUGAUCCCGAUGAAGAUGAGAAGCCUCGAGCUCAAUUCUCAAACACCAAUCAUCAUCCUACUUCAAAUGUUGAGAUGAGGGGUGUCACUGGAAAAAUCAAAGAAGAGAAAACAACAUAAUAUUAGCCUCCAUCUUGACACAGAUGAGAAAGCUGUUGGUAUCAGAUCUUCCUUGCAGCAGAUGAGAAGGCAAUCUCGUGUACUCUGUGUAUGAGGCUUUAGAUUAGGUAGUCAGAGACUGACUGUUAAGCAACUGAUGUCCCUUAUUAUAUUUAGCCACUUUUGUGUUGAGAAAUUACAGUGAGUGAGAAUCAAAAUCACAGCUAUCAUACAAACAGAUUUAAAAAAAAAAGUCAAUAAUUGCAUUUUGUGACAAAAUUUCACCUGGAUGUCAACCCAGGUUCAA